AUGCCAGAACCUAAUCCAGACCAAUGGACAGAAAUAGCCAAUAAAUUUUAUUUGAAAACGAACUUUCCAAAUUGUGUAGGGGCAGUCGAUGGAAAAAAUAUUCGUUUGAACGCAAAUUAUAGUUUUAUUUCAAUCGAUGUCGGUGCAUAUGGCAAGGAGGGUGAUUCUACAAUUUUCAAAAAUUGUCCAUUCGGAAAAAAAUUAUAUUCUGAAUUAUUAAAUCUACCAGCAACUGUUGUUCUUCCAAAUACAGACAAUUUUCCGCAGCCUUUCGUGGUAAUUGGUGAUGAAGCUUUCGGACUACACAAAAAUCUUUUAAGACCAUACCCUGGACGAGGUCUCACACAAAAAAGAAAAAUGUUUAACUAUCGUCUAUCAAGAGCUCGAAGGUACGUAGAAUGCGCUUUUGGAAUACUCGCAAAUAAAUGGCGUGUUCUACAUAGUGCUAUUUUAGUUGAACCCGAUUUCGCAGACGUUAUAAAAGCAUGCUGUAUUUUACAUAAUUAUGUUAGACGAAGGGAUGGUUAUAACUUCGAAGACACCCUUUCAAACUGUUUGGAAGACUUUAAAAAUGAAAAUAAUUCUGGAGCUCGUCAACAAGGAUUAGAUGUUCGAGAAUAUUCUAUGGAAGCAGGAGCGGUUCCCUUUCAAUAUCGAUUUUUUUGA